UCAGUUGCGGCAGUGCAUGCGUUGCCUAUGUGGCGUCUUCUAUUCAAAAUCACAUAGUUAACUUGCAUAUCAGUCAAAAGCAUCCCUGUGAGGCAGAAUUUCUAUCUGGCGGGGCCUUAAGAAUGUCGUUCAAUUUCGGUUGGUCCCAUACAAGUUGUACGUGCAUGAGACAUUAAAUUGGCGGCGUGCGUGAAUAUUAGGUUGACGUGUUCCCCUUCUCGCCCAAGGAAAAGCGGUUUCAGAUGGCGUCAGAAAACGCUCUCCCAACGCUUUUGUUCAGGUAUUGCAAUUAACAGUGGAAACUUGCGGUCUUCACCUGACGUUUAUUACGCAGCAUUACGUAAAUUACGUUGAUAACGCAGCUUUUUUAAGAUAAUCUUUAGAAGGUGGAUACGUAGGGGCACACCAGGCGAUUGUUGCUUUCAUCUAAAAGUUGCCUGUAAAUAAUAAGAGAAUUUUUUUUUGAAUAACCCUGCACUUUGCAAUGAUCUGGCUACACUAUCAAAUGCAAUAGCAAUUUUUGACAAUUGCGCGCAUUUUUUUUUACAACUGACAGCGACGAUUCCUUGAAUGGACUACUUUAUUUCAAAACUUCAAUAUACGCAGAUGUGGAGUAGCGAUUAAUAAUUAUUUUUAACUUGGCAUUUAUUUAAUAAAGAUUAUUUGCUACGGGAAAGAAAUACGUAGCUUUUAGCUAGUGAAAAAUGAAUAGGAUUCAAGUGCUUUUCAAUCGCCAGCAGGGCAUUGCAAAUGACUUCACAUAUGAUUUUGCUUUACGACGUCUUUGUGUGGCCAAAGAAGACAGCUGGCGUGGAAUAUUGCCUUCUAAUUAUAGUUCAGACUAUAAUCCAGAACCACCGAUAUUUGCAGCGAAAUUUGCAAACUGUGAUAAUUUCAGACAUAUUUUAGCCAUUGCUAAUGAAGAUGGGAAGAUAGCGCUACAAGAUACCACAAAAAGAAACGAAGAACCCGAAGAGCGAGCACUCAAUGCACCACAGUGUCAUUACAACGCCGUUUUCGAUUUGGAAUGGGCGCCUGGGCAGAUGAAAUUCGUAUCUGCUUCUGGUGACCACACGGCUAGCUUAUGGCAAGUGGAUGAAGGCGGCGAAAUACGUAACAUACGGUCCUUUGAAGGGCAUACGCGUUCCGUAAAGACUGCGGCCUUUCGAAGACAUGACCCAUCUGUAUUUGCCACAGGUGGACGAGAUGGCGCGAUUAUAAUUUGGGAUACCCGUGCAAACUUAAAUGUGGAUUUAACACCACGAGCAGAUAACUGCAUUUAUAGCGGACAUGUCGGGGGACCGGGGACGCCAAUGUCACAAAAAAAGCGUACACGCACACCUAAGAUGACGGCUAAUGCCACGUCAAGCAGCAUUACAGGAUUGGCUUUUCAGGAUACCAACACUCUUAUUUCAUGUGGUGCAGGUGAUGGCAUUAUAAAAGUAUGGGACUUACGGCGAAAUUAUACUGCAUAUAAAAAAGAACCUCAUCCUAAAUAUAGCCUACCUUAUGCUGGCACAAGUACAUUUAAAGGCUUCACUAAUCUUAUAGUCGAUGAAUCGGGUUCACGACUCUUUGCUAACUGCAUGGACAAUACAAUCUACGCCUAUAACCUAUGCUCAUAUUCCUCGAAACCUAUAGCACGAUUCAAAGGCCUCUUAAAUAGUACUUUCUAUAUAAAAUCCUGCCUUAGUCCAGACGGAAAGUACUUGCUAAGUGGAAGUAGUGACGAGAAAGCUUAUAUAUGGAACCUUAACUAUCCAGAUGAACCAUUGGUGGCAUUGUACGGCCACACAGUGGAGGUAACUUGUGUAGCAUGGGGCUCCACACACGAUCAGCCCAUUGUAACAUGUAACGAUGACGCAGUUCACAAAAUUUGGCGCAUUGGCCCGGAGAAUAUAAACGAAGGUGAAUAUUUGGAGUUAUGUCGAGGGUAUGCUAAGUAUGAGCGUGAAUUCGGAAAAAAGACACAUGGGUCAACACAUAAGUAUAACUUGCGUGAUCUGGAGAAUACACCCCGAUCACUAAAGCGACUAAUGGAUCAGAACGAACGCACACCUAGCUCAGUUGAAAAGGUGACUAUGAAACGCUCUUUUUUGGAGAUGCUAGGCGCUGUUGGUGGUGGUGACGAUAGUGACACCCAAGAUGCGAAACGACAAAAGCCCUUGGAGUCCAGAGGUCGUCGAUUAUUUAGUCCUUCGUCGAAUAUAUCCAAUUCGUCGACAUCACCACAAAUGCGCUGCAUUGCUUUACAAUGCAUUAAUUUGAAUGUCUGUGGCUUUUGUUCACUUUUUAUCACAAAUCAGCCACGCUAA